AUGAGAGGACGGUUCAAACGAAAAGACUCAAGGGGAGGAGGAGAAACAACAGACUUUGGGGCUGCCGGGCUCUGUCCUCUUACAGGGGAAACCGGGUCGGACUUGGCCGAGACACGCACACCUGUUUCGGUUUCAGCUCUCCAGGAUGUAGGCGGAAGCCAACAAGGUACCAGGUGUUCCAUUUAUGAUGGUGACAAGGUCUACUUGGGAGUCCGUGUUAAAAUGCCAGUGAGGGAUCUUCUAAGAAACAUCCGCUUAGCCCAAGGCAUUGACCCUCAAGAUCUUCAGGGGAUGUGCAGCAACACAGCCGUAGGAGAAAAGAAACGAGUCAAAACUCGCAAAGGACACCGAACUGCCAAGAAAAAGCGCCCCACAAAAAGCCUGGAGGAGUUGGCCAUUAUAGUGGAGGUUCUGGAGGAGGACCUCAGGACUGGAAAUACCUACUGCUCAUCUCCUCAGUCCAUUUCCACCCCCAGCUCUGCUGUGUCCCCUGAGUGGUCUCCAACUGGGUACAACAGUGACGAGUCUGAUGAAAUGAUCCUCAGCCCCCACUCCUAUAUGAACUGCUGUCCCAGCUCAGCAGAGCACCAGCAAGCCCUGUCUCCUCUGGCCUUCGUGCACACCAGCCUCCAGCCUACUAACAUCUGUCACAUGGGAAGAGAUGGGAGAGGUGGAGAAGACUGGUUUGAUGCCCCGAACCAGGACUGGAACAUGGAUGGCUCUGUUUUCUUUCUCACCCAGCUGCAGAGAGAGGAGAGCCAGCUCAGACAAAUCACUGACUCUGCGCUGCUGUCCACUGAUGAUCAGGGCAGAACAGCUCUCCAUAAAGUUGUAUGUGUUGGAAAGAGGGCACUUGGAUACGCCAUCGCUCGAAGGAUGGGUGCGAUCAACAGCCUGGACCUCAAAGACUCUGAAGGAAUGACAGCCCUCCUCCAUGCUGCAAAGCAUAACCACCACCUGAUGGUAGCAGAUCUGAUCCGAUUGGGGGCAAAUGUCAAUGCGAAAAACAACUCAGGAAAGUCGUGCCUCCACCUCAGCGCUGAGAAAGGCUACGUCAGAGUCCUGGAGGUUCUGAAACAAGCAAUGAUGGAUGGUGUGUACGUUGAUGUUGAAGCCACUGAUAACUCUGGAAUGAGUGUCCUUCAGUGCACUUCACUGGCUUUGAAGGCCACAGUGCGUGAGCUGGAAACCAGUGCAUCUCCAAACUACACCCGACUGCACACCCUGCACCAGGAGCAGAUGAUGGAGACGCUGGGGUGUCUGCUGCAGAUGGGCAGCUACCUUCAUACCAUGGGGAGUGGCACUAUGCAGCCCAGGUCCGCCUGACACUUGUGGCGUGUUGGCCCGGCAGGGCUUUCUGGAACCCGA